CGUCGGGGACAGGAGACAGGCGCCGAGGAGGCAUCGCCGCCGCCGCGGGGCUGGAGAGCCUCUCCCAGCACCAGUGCCCCGCUCGGCCCCGGGCUUCCUCGUCGCAGCCACGGCCGCGGCGGUUGCUCCCACGUUUUGAUGGUGGGCGGCGGCAGCUCGGCUUCGGCGCCAGCCUCUAACUGCUCGAUUGCUGGCCGCACCGCUCUCCGCUCCUGCCUUCCCGCCCUGGGCCGCCCGGGGCCGCGGAAGCCGCGGGAGGUGGGGAAGGGGCGCUCCGGGAAGACCGUACGGCCGCGAAGGUGGAGGAGGCCGGCAGCCGGUACCCCCACACCCGGACCGCAGCCGGCGCGAUGUCCACCAAGGUCAGGAAGUGCAAGGAGCAAGCAAGGGUGACCUUCCCCGCGCCGGAGGAGGAGGAAGACGAGGGCGAGGACGAGGGCGCGGAGCCGCAGCGCCGCCGCCGGGGCUGGAGGGGCGUCAACGGGGGUCUGGAGCCGCGCUCGGCGCCCUCGCAGCGGGAGUCGCACGGCUACUGCCCGCCGCCCUUAUCCCACGGGCCGGACCUGUCCAUGGAGGGUAGCCCAUCCCUGAGACGCAUGACGGUGAUGCGGGAGAAGGGCCGCCGCCAGGCUGUCAGGGGCCCGGCCUUCAUGUUCAAUGACCGGGGCACCAGCCUCACCGCCGAGGAGGAGCGCUUCCUCGACGCCGCCGAGUACGGCAACAUCCCAGUGGUGCGCAAAAUGCUGGAGGAGUCCAAGACGCUGAACGUCAACUGCGUGGACUACAUGGGCCAGAACGCGCUGCAGCUGGCUGUGGGCAACGAGCACCUGGAGGUGACGGAGCUGCUGCUCAAGAAGGAGAACCUGGCGCGCAUUGGCGACGCCCUGCUGCUCGCCAUCAGCAAGGGCUACGUGCGCAUCGUAGAGGCCAUCCUCAACCACCCUGGCUUCGCCGCCAGCAAGCGCCUCACCCUCAGCCCCUGCGAGCAGGAGCUGCAGGACGACGACUUCUACGCUUACGACGAGGACGGCACGCGCUUCUCGCCGGACAUCACCCCCAUCAUCCUGGCGGCGCACUGCCAGAAAUACGAAGUGGUACACAUGCUGCUGAUGAAGGGCGCCAGGAUCGAGCGGCCACACGACUACUUCUGCAAGUGCGGGGACUGCACGGAAAAGCAGAGGCACGACUCCUUCAGCCACUCGCGCUCGAGGAUCAACGCCUAUAAGGGACUGGCCAGCCCAGCGUACCUCUCUUUGUCCAGCGAAGACCCGGUGCUCACGGCCCUAGAGCUCAGCAACGAGCUGGCCAAGCUGGCCAACAUAGAAAAGGAGUUCAAGAAUGACUAUCGGAAGCUCUCCAUGCAGUGCAAAGACUUUGUAGUGGGUGUGCUGGAUCUCUGCCGAGACUCAGAAGAGGUAGAAGCCAUUCUGAAUGGAGAUCUGGAAUCAGCAGAACCUCUGGAGAUACACAGGCACAAAGCUUCAUUAAGUCGUGUGAAACUUGCCAUUAAGUAUGAAGUCAAAAAGUUUGUGGCUCAUCCCAACUGCCAGCAGCAGCUCUUGACAAUCUGGUAUGAGAACCUCUCAGGCCUAAGGGAGCAGACUAUAGCGAUCAAGUGUCUCGUUGUGCUGGUCGUGGCCCUGGGCCUUCCAUUCCUGGCUAUUGGCUACUGGAUUGCACCUUGCAGCAGGCUGGGGAAAAUUCUGCGAAGCCCUUUUAUGAAGUUUGUAGCACACGCAGCUUCUUUCAUCAUCUUCCUGGGCCUGCUUGUGUUCAAUGCCUCAGACAGGUUCGAAGGCAUCACCACGCUGCCCAAUAUCACAGUUAUUGACUAUCCCAAACAGAUCUUCAGGGUGAAAACCACCCAGUUUACAUGGACUGAAAUGCUAAUUAUGGUCUGGGUUCUUGGAAUGAUGUGGUCUGAGUGUAAAGAGCUCUGGCUGGAAGGACCUAGGGAAUACAUUUUGCAGUUGUGGAAUGUGCUGGACUUUGGGAUGCUCUCCAUCUUCAUUGCUGCUUUCACAGCCAGAUUCCUAGCUUUCCUUCAGGCAACAAAGGCACAACAGUAUGUGGACAGUUAUGUCCAAGAGAGCGACCUCAGUGAAGUGACACUCCCACCAGAGAUACAGUAUUUCACUUACGCUAGAGAUAAAUGGCUCCCUUCUGACCCUCAGAUUAUAUCUGAAGGCCUUUAUGCCAUAGCUGUUGUGCUCAGCUUCUCUCGGAUUGCGUACAUCCUCCCUGCAAAUGAGAGUUUUGGCCCCCUGCAGAUCUCUCUUGGAAGAACUGUAAAGGACAUAUUCAAGUUCAUGGUCCUCUUUAUUAUGGUGUUUUUUGCCUUUAUGAUUGGCAUGUUCAUACUUUAUUCUUACUACCUUGGGGCUAAAGUAAAUGCUGCUUUUACCACUGUAGAAGAAAGUUUCAAGACUUUAUUUUGGUCAAUAUUUGGGUUGUCUGAAGUGACUUCUGUUGUGCUCAAAUACGAUCACAAAUUCAUAGAAAAUAUUGGAUACGUUCUUUAUGGAAUAUACAACGUAACUAUGGUGGUCGUUUUACUCAACAUGCUAAUUGCUAUGAUUAAUAGCUCGUAUCAAGAAAUUGAGGAUGACAGCGAUGUAGAAUGGAAGUUUGCUCGUUCAAAACUUUGGUUAUCCUAUUUUGAUGAUGGAAAAACAUUACCUCCACCCUUCAGUCUAGUUCCUAGUCCAAAAUCGUUUGUUUAUUUCAUCAUGCGAAUCGUUAACUUCCCCAAAUGCAGAAGGAGAAGGCUUCAGAAGGAUAUAGAAAUGGGAAUGGGUAACUCAAAGUCCAGGUUUACAAAGUGCUUUGCUGUAUAUUUGAACCUCAUGCAACGCUGUGAGUUAAACCUCUUCACUCAGUCUAACUCAAGAGUUUUUGAAUCACACAGUUUUAACAGCAUUCUCAAUCAGCCAACACGUUAUCAGCAGAUAAUGAAAAGACUUAUAAAGCGGUAUGUUUUGAAAGCACAAGUAGACAAAGAAAAUGAUGAAGUUAAUGAAGGUGAAUUAAAAGAAAUCAAGCAAGAUAUCUCCAGCCUUCGUUAUGAACUUUUGGAAGACAAGAGCCAAGCAACUGAGGAAUUAGCCAUUCUAAUUCAUAAACUUAGUGAGAAACUGAAUCCCAGCAUGCUGAGAUGUGAAUGAUAUGGCAACCUGGAUUUGGCUUUGACUAUAGCACAAAUGUGGGCAAUAAUAUUUCUAAGUAUGAAAUACUUGAAAAACUAUGAUGUACAUUUUUAGUAUUAACUACCUUUAUCAUGUGAAUCUUUAAAAGUUAGCUCGUAAUGGUUUUAUUGUUUUAUCACAUGAAAAUGCAUUUUAUUUGUCUGCCUUGACAUUACAAUGACAUACCAUUGUGUUGAAAAGCCCAAUAUUACUAUAUUAUUGAAAUUUUUAUUCAUUUUAGAGUAAACUCCACAUCUUUGCACUACCUGUUUGUCUCCAAGAGACUAUCAGUUUCUUGGGGACAGGGAUCAUGUCUUAUUCAUCUUUGUCUCUCCAGCAUCUAGUACAGUGCCUGGUACAUAGUAGGUGCUCAAUAAAUGUUGAAACCAACUGAACUGAACUGCCAACAAAAUAAAAAUAAAAAGUCCUCACUAUGUAGCAUACCUUCCCUUGUCCAAGUUCUGAGUUCUGAAGAGAUCUUUUUUUUUUUUUUUUUUUAAUAGAAACUGAAGAAAUUUUACAACCAGCUAUGACUUGGUAAGACAUUCUUAGAAUUUUAGGUGUCACUGAUAAUCCUAGAACCAUUGAGCCCCGAGGGAAGAAUUUGACAACAAAAUAGGUUAAUGGAAAAUAUACUUACAUUAAAUAUUUAAGUUUCAUAUAAUUAUUUAAAACAACACAUUAAAGAUUUUUCUAAAAUAUA